UUGAAGAAGAGGUCACAAGCCAGGUUACUGGCCAUGGCCUCCGCCUGAGGUGGUGCAGGUGGCCCCUUCUGCGGUCAUGAUGGAGAAGGACCCUGCUGCACACAGGAGGCACCAGCCCGGCCUCGGGGCCCUGCCCUCGGGUGCAGCCCCUGGGCUCGCCAAGGUGGCCAGUGAGGGGCCCGAACUGCAGAGAAGCAGGAGUGUGGGUGGCCUGCUACAGAAGGGGGACCCCCCGAGCCACCCCAGGAAGCCACACAGGGAACAGGAGACCGAAGAUCAGGCCCACGACCCGAGGACGGACAAGAAUGACCCCAGUGGUCAGGCAGACCUAGAGGAAGACAGGAAGGAGAAGGACCAGGAUGCCCAGGGAACCCUGGACCGCAACAGUGGGAAAAUGGAGCCAGAGACCAAGAGGCGUGGAGUGGAGGCCAGCACCAAGGGGGAAGAGGAAGACACGGGCUGCUGCUCCAGGGAGGCUGAGCUCAGCUGCCUGUGUCCGCUUGCUCAGUCAGGACUAGCAUCGCCAUCUCCCUUGGGGCUUACCUUGGCAUCUCCCUUGGACUCACAGGAGCAGGAGCUGGAGCCAAUAAAGCUGGUCAGCCAUCUGGAAAAAGAGAAACCGUCUGCAUUUGUGGAGAUUGAUCUGGGAGAUCACACUAAAGAGGUGACCGUCCGUGCCGUGAGAGAGGAGAUGUGGGCCCAGAUGGACACGGGGGAUCUCUCGGAAGAUGAGACAAAGACCAGCUGGGUGUGCUGCAUCCCAUGCACUACCAGGAGGAAGACCAAGCGUGGUGUGGCGGCCGUGGAGAAGGCACCUUGAGCCAGACCCUGAGCCGGGCAGGUGCUGGAGCAGUCUUAGGACCUGGCCAAGGUGGGAUGCAGCCUGGCUUUCGCCUGGCACAGACUAACCCUCAGCCAUCCCACAGUAAAGACAGACUGGAAUGUGAA